AUGACAUUUAUGAGAUCUAUUAAUCUAGCAGAUCCUAUCAAGAUGGAGACCAGAACUUGUCAUAGAGCAAUUGGACAUUUUGUGCUUCAGUGGAAGCCGGGUUAUGGUGGGUAUGGUGGUUAUGGUGGGGGUGGUGGGGUGUAUGGUGGGCCAGCAAACUAUGGUGUUGUUGGUGGUAGUCGGGGUGGUGUAUCGAGUGGGACUGGUGUUUCGGGAGGAAGUGCAGGUGGUGUAGCUAGUGGUGAGCAAGGUGGUGGAGGUUAUAUGUCCGAUGCUUCUUCUCAAGGUGGUGCUCAAGGCUCUGGGGUCCCUCAAGCCAAUGGGCCUCCCAUUUCUCGAGUUGGGUAUGGUGGUUAUGGUGCACAAACAAUGCAGGCUCAGGAACAUUAA